AAUUGCCUGUUCUCUCUAUCACUUCAUUAACAUUUCCGUCUGUCUACUGCUACACAUGACCCCUAAGCUCUCUCCAUCAUCAGGCUUUUCAAGUCCAGAGAUAUUCUAUGGCUGCAUCUUGCCGCUGUGCUUUUGUGAUAUUUGCUUACCACGGGGAAGACAUUAACAUUUGAUGUGGAUGGACACCAAUUAAUUUGAAGGGAAAGCAAUCCAUCUCACAUACAAAGAUAAGCUGAAGCUAGUUGCAUUUACCAAGCAAAUCACCGUUGGUAAAUUAGAUGCCUCAAAGUUACCUCCCCCUGGAUAUCUAGAUGUUGUUGGAAAUGAUAGGAGAAAAGAAUGGCAAGCAUUAGGAGAUUUGAGUAAAGAAGAUUGUAUGCUUCAGUUCUGUGAGUUGCUUGAGACUCGUUGCCCACAGCUACAGCCUUAUAUAGAAGCUCAUCGGAGAGAGAAAGAAGAGCAAGAGAGAAAAAGGAAAGAGGAGGAAGAGAGGAGAAAGCGUGAAGAAGAGGAGAGAGAAAGACAAAGGUUAGAAGAAGAAAGACAGAGGAAAGAAGAGGAGAUAAGACAAGCAGAAAAGCUUAAAGAAGAGCAACAAAGGUUACAAUUUAAAGAGUCUGUUUAUCAGCAGUUGGAACCCCAGCUUCGCCCACUAGCUGUCGAGCAAUAUCCACACAAUCCACAACAGCAACAAGUUUUCCUGCAACAACUUCAAGAGCACUAUUAUCAGCAGUACAUGCAACAGAUCCAACAAGCACAAUACCAGCAACAGCAGCAACAACAACAAUUACACAAUCAUACUGCCCCAUCAUUAACGAUGGAAAACCAAACAGAGGGAGCACCUCCACAAGAUGGGACAUCUCCUAACACACUAGCACAAGAUCUUAGCCACUUACAGCUGGGUGAUCAAGGUGAUGCUGCCCCUCCCAAUGGAGAUAUUAAUAAUAUUCCCCUCAACAGUGAUGAGGACCAAUAUCCAGUCAUCUGCAAGGCAUCAUGCUGGACACGUAAGAACAUCAAAGAAUUUAAGAAAGAGCUUGUAUCAGAGAAAGAGUCUGUAAUAAAGGUUGGACACGGUGAGACUGUGACUGUCAGAGUACCUACACAUCAAGAAGGAAAGUAUAUCUUCUGGGAGUUUGCAACAGAUAGCUAUGAUAUCGGAUUUGGUCUCUACUUUGAAUGGACGGAGGCUGAGAGUAAUGCAAUCAGUGUCCAUGUUAGUGAUUCUAGCGAGGAUGAAGAAGAGUUUGAAGAUGAAGAAGGAGGAGGAGGUAAGAGUGAUAUCGAGCGUGGAACGAAGGAUAGGGGGCCCCCUAUGGAUGAGAUCAUUCCAAUCUACAGACGAGACUGUCACCAAGAGGUGUAUGCUGGCAGUCAUAAGUACCCUGGUAGAGGUAUAUAUCUGCUUAAGUUUGACAACUCCUACUCACUCUUCAGAUCUAAAGUACUCUACUAUAGAGUGUAUUACACCAGAGAUACCCAGCCCGGUAGGACGCCCCCUGAUGCAGUUGAAACCUAGAUACACUAUCAACGUGGUCUCUAUCCUCUUGGUCUAACACACCAGUUUGUAAGACUCUACAUGGUCUUUCUUCAUUUUUCUACAACCAGGGCACUGUAGGUUUGUCAACAAUUACAAGUUGUCAUUAUCCAACUGUUACUAUGGUAACUGUGCUUGUCAGCGCUGACAACUCCAAUGAAACAUCCCCAGCUCAUCUAUUUAACAUUCUGUCUAAUUUCCUCUUGGCCUCAGAAAUAGUUUGUCAACUUUCCAGUUUGCCUAAUUUAAUGUAGUCUCAAUGUGCUUAAUUAUUUUUCUUUUGGGCUGUUAAGACAAAAUGGUAUAGACCAAGUGAGUAUUAGUUCAAGUGAUCUUCAGGCCUUCUGGUAAUUAGACCAAGUGCAAGUUAGACAAAAUGAAAUAUAGACCAAAAUGGUGUAGCCUGAAUGAAGACAACCUUUCUGGUAAUUAGACCAAGUGCCAGUUAGACAAAAUGAAAUAUAGACCAAAAGGGUGUAACCUGAAUGAAGAUAACCUUUCUGGUAAUUAGACCAAGUGCCAGUUAGACAAAAUGAAAUAUAACUUUGUGGUAAUUAGACCAGGUGGAUUUAGACCAAGUGUGUGUAAACUGAUAUACCCACACCUAACAAAUGUGUAAUAUGCUGGUUAUGUGUAUGAGAUAAUAACCCCUGCCACUCUAGUACACAUUGUCCUGUUUUGAAUGCAUUACUUGUAGGCCUCAUCCAUAUUAAAACCAGGUGCAUAUAUCUGCUAUAUGUUGCUGUUAUCAGGAGCAGUAUUCGAGAUCAGGUGACAGAAAUAUUUGUGUUGUGGAUUUUAAAGGUAGUGUCAUUCACUGAAAACAUCACAGCCAGUUAGCUUAUUUUUAAAAGCUAAUUUGUGACAAGUAAUUGCUAAAGUCAAUAUCAAUAUUAUAUUGAAGCUUAAUUGUUUCAGUGUGACUUUGAAUUAAGAUAUCUGAUUUGCAGACAAUUUGAUAUUUUUACACUUUCAUUUUUAAAAAAAACAAAAAUUUCAACCCUCCCCCUCUUCUCUCUAAUGAUUGCAACAUUUGCCACAAACACAUGGAUCCAGACUAAGAUUAUGUUAUAUUAAAAUGAAUGAUGCUCUACCUUUAAAAGAGAUCUCAUACAAUAAUGACCUGCAGAUGUUGAGAGAAAUUCUGAUCAGUGCGACCUUCCAUUUGCAAAUUUAAAGAGAUUUACAGAGUUUGUAUUCUCUUUCUAUCUACUGCAGCUAUGUAUGAAAACAGAAGAGUGGUGUGCUUUCAAGGCAGGGCAAAUACAAGGGGAGGAGAAAUGAUAUAGUGAAAAUUAUAUAGAUCUAUAUUUAUAUUUUGAUUGUUGUUGAUGUUGAAGUUAUGUAUGAUUAUGUAGUUUUAGGUAAAAGGAUAUAAGCAAUGUAACCAAUUAAAAACAACCGUUGAUAUGAAAAAAAAUACAUAGAAAUUUUUAACAUUGGUUUGUAAUGAAUUCAUUUGAAAUAAAAAUUUUCCUUUUAGGAAAGUUUACUGAAGAGGCUUGUACACCAUUGCCACUUUUCACAAUGGACAAAUUAAUUAAAUGAGACAAUAAAGAUUUGAGAGUAGCAGGAUAUUAACAUAAUUUUUCUUAAAAUCUUUUAAUACUGUCUAGUUACAAAAGUUGCCAAGAAUGUUAGAAAUUUAGGAUAAGGAAAUUUAAGUUUUCAUCAAGGUGAUAGUUUUCUUUAAAAAUAAUGAUACUGAAAUAGUUAUCAGUUAGUGUGAAUUUUGGAGGAGGUGUCAAAUUAUUUUGCCAAUCUGAUUGGGUUUGGAAAGCAUGAUAAAUUUUGACCAAAAUUACAUGCUUAACAAUCAGUUUGUAUUUUUUAAUUGAGUUUAUCCAAGUUAAUAUUUUGUAAGUUGUCAAUGUCAGUUAUAUUCCCCUUUUUUCAUGUCAGAAAUGGGUGUAAAAAUGUUGCUCCAUAGCAUAUGUUCCAAAUAAUGCAUAGCAUCAUUCCUGUCUGUUGGCAUGGAGAGUUGAAUGGAUCAACUGCAUUUGACAAGUAAAUAAGUAUUAUUCUUACUGGUUAAGGUUUAUAAAGUAGACCGUUUUUAUCAAAUUGAACAUUCUAUUGGUGCUUACCCACAAUGAUGGUUAAAAGCUUUCACUAUGAUGUGUAAUAGCAACUAAUUUUUCAUGGUAUUAGACCUGUAUGCUAUCAUGCUAAGCACAUAUCAUAUCACUUAAUGAUACUGUUCACUGUACCUACAGUAUUGACCCAUUGCUGUGUAGUCAUUAAUAUAUUUGUGCUUGUAAUACAGGCUCUACCAUAACAAUUUAACAAUGAAUAAGAACAGCAUUUUUUUUUUUUGUUAAGGAUUAAAUGUUGUUGGUUCAUACAUGAAAAUAUAUAUGUUUUAACCCAUGCAGGGUAAUUAAAAGGAGUUUUCUGACUAGUGUUUCAGAGCAAAGACUAUUUUUGAUUGCCAAAACUGAGCGGGUAAAAACUUCAAAUUGUUUUCAUUAUUGAGUUUUUUUAUCCCCUUACAUUCAGUUAUGAAAAUAACACAGAAUUGUUGAUAAAACGUCAUUUUAACAAGCCAUUGAAAAUUGACCGGCACAUGCUUGAUCAUUCUUCCUUCUCUAUAUCAAAUAUUGGUGCAGAACAUUAAAGCUCAUAUCAUUCUGAAAAUGUCUUUUUAGCUAUUUCAAAAUUUGCUUGCUCAACCAGGCAAGUACCUCAAUCAAACAAAAAGCCUUUUGAUUUUGCUUUUGAAUUCCAAGAACAAUAGUUUAGUGUAUACAAGACCAUAAAAACAUAACAAAUCAUUUACUUUUCUUGUGCUGUUUUUAUAAUUUGGUUUAGUUAUAUUCUGCAUAGUGGAUAUUGGUUUCUUUUGCAACUUCAGUGUGAUUUUCUAUGAAAUAACUAGGAUAGUAAUAACUUGCAAUAAAUGAAGUUAUUGGUAUCGCAAAUGAUAUCUUGCUUUCAAGGAAUCAAGUUUUACAUUUCCCUCCUCCUUUCAAAGAUAUGUGAAAUGAAAUGAUGGAAGCUAAUUUUGUUUCUGAAAACAUGAAAAUCAAUUGAAACAAUUCACAAUGCUAAUAUGAUUCAAAUUGGAGAGAAAAUGUUUAAGAUGUUUCUAAAGAUUAAUAGUGGAAUUGCGCCUUUGAUUUAUACUCUGUAUUUUGCUCUGAAUUUUGUUAUGUUUUCAUUAAAAGAAACUUGAUGUUUUGUAAUUAUAUCAGUUCAAGCUGGUCGAGUGUGUGAAUCAUUUGGAAAUGAUAAAAAAUAUCUUUAAAUUUUUUUUUUAAACCUUCAAGAUAGUGACUAUUAGUUUCUCUGUGUACAUUGGUGUACAUUUGCUCUAUAUGCUUGAAUUCCAUUCACAAUGAUCGUACAUAAGCAGUGUCAAAUCAAGAAUCAUUAUUGUAGCUUUGUGCAUGUAGCAUAUUGUUAAUGCAAUGUGUGCAUAUUCAAUCAAAAUUAUAUUCAACUAUUAGUUUGUUUCAUACCUGUCUUAUUUAUUACUUCAAUCUCGCUAUGGUUUGUGCUUUGAUGAUAAGAACAGUUUUGCUUUGUAGGCCUACAUUAAAUUAUCUUUAUUGAGUCACUUCUAUCCAUCUGAGCUAUACAAAAAUAUACCAUCAACCCUUUUCUUCUGUUUUCUCACAUCAAAAAUUCACAAUAAACAUUCACAAUAAACACUGGGAAGGAGCAAAAAUCUAAAAUAAUCCCCAAAAUGUUUUCAUGAUUAUUUUCCACAUCAGAUCGUGGUCAUCUUCAAUGAAGGUGAUCUUCUUAGUUUUAAUUUCUAUGGCAAUUGACCUAAUGAUUGAUAUAAUUGACACUAUUGAGAUAAUAACGGAAAACUAUAUUAGUUUAAUGAAAGCAUGGGCAUAUAUUGACCAUGAAAACUUGUAAAGUAAUUGUUGUCCUAAAGAUAUAUCUUACUACCCUAUUAUUAAUGUCUCUCACAACAACCAUUAUUUAAAUCAUAAAUGAUCCAUCUGUAAAAGUAAGGGUACUUGAAUAUCCAGUCAAUUUUCAUUUCAUUGCUUUCAUUUUUUCCUGUUAUUCAUUCUGUCACAAUCUUUUUUGUCACACCCAAAAGAGAUUUGCAUUUAUAAUUUAUGAUUUAUUUGUGUCUAGUUUUCAUUUCAUUAUUGUCUUGAUAUUGGUUAUUUCAUUUUAGUGUGUAAUAUUCUGGAACAUGUUACAUUGAUCACAUAGUGAUAGUAACAUAAAUACUAGAAAGAGAAAUGCUAUUGAUACACCUGUAAAUUGUAUACAUUGUAUGAUUAAAAGCUGGUCAUUGUAAAAACA